AUGGAAAUUGAAUCAAAGCCUGGCGAAUUUACACAAGAAUCAACAAAUAUCCACUCACGAGAUGUCUGUAGGCAUGAUUGCAAUGAUAUUCAAGGAAUCCCAUGAAAUACUAGCGCAAUGAAUAUUUCUCGCCGAAAUUUGCGAAUCAGACGAUUACGGACAUAUCAUGCAUACAGAAGCUGCCCAAUUCCCGAAGAAAAUUUCGUCGACAACACCUUAUACAACGACUGUCCUUUCUUUGAGUUCAAUGCAAACCAUCCUCAAGCUGAAUGCUGCUAUAAGCAUUUUCAGCUUAGAAAUUGCGUCCAAUACACCAAUGACAAUGAAAUUUUAUACCUCAGCCGAGGAAACUCAAUUUUCUCCUUUAACCCAUUCAGCCGCAAAACGAGAAAAAUUAAAUCUUCUGCCGUCGAUAUCGUCUCUUACCAUUCCUGAAAUAAUUAUCUUGUAUGUGGAGGCCUAGAAGGCGAAUUGCAAAUAAGUGACUUAGAAGGAAACACUAUAAAAGACAUAAUCAUAGCAGACGAAGACAGCACAAAGAUAACGAAUCACUGCGAAUUUUUCAAUGACGGAAAUGGGGUAAAAGUUAUGGCUUGCAAUAAUGACAAAAAGGUGAGGAUCAUGGACCCUAACACCUUAGAAACUCAGCUGCAGUUUGAAUUUAUUGCUUGUGUAAAUAAAGCGGCAAUUUCUUAUGAUUAUUCUUUAAUUGCGGCAGCACUGGAUGAUGAAGAUGUGUAUAUACAAGAUUAUAGGACAGGACAAAUGACUCAUAAGCUGACGGGACAUAAGGACUAUACGUUUGGGGUUGCAUGGCAUCCGAAUAAUGGAAAUAUUUUGGCGACUGGAAAUCAGGAUGGAGUAGGCAUGAUUUGGGAUAUCAGGAAAGGAACUGAAGUGCAGCCUUUGCAUACACUUUGUGGGUUUAUGGGAUCGGUAUUAAAUCUUGCGUUCAGUGAGAAUGGGGAAUUUAUGGCUUUUUCGGAAAGUGGGGAUUUUGUGAGUAUUUAUGAUACGAGGAGCUUUGAUGAGAGACAAGUGAUAGAUGGAUUUGGGGAAAUUUCAGGGAUUUGCUUUACUAAGGAGCCUAAUUCAUUGUAUUUUUAUAUUGGAUAUGCAGAUGACAGCUUCAAUUCUUUGCUAGAACUGAGAAAAAAAGAAAGCGAUCUUGAUUUCUAA